AUGAAGCGUCUCGUUGCCAAGUCAACAAGGGAUCAACUGAUUAUGACUGCCGUUGUCGUCUUCGGCGCUUCCACAAGUCUCAUCCUGAUAUACUACGAUGCGAAUAGCUGGAGGCAGGUCAUGGAUGAGAUCAAGCGGGACGAGGAUGUCCAGAAGGCGUACAAGAUUCUGAAGAAGGCGGCCGUCUUCGCCUUCCCGCAGGAGCGGCCGGUGCUGGCCCCGGAGCGCGCAUUCGGCUUGUACGUGCUCUUCUCCUACUUCAUGUCGCGGAUGGCCGGCGACCUGCCCAUGGAGCUCGCACUGCCAACGGCGUUCACCGUCAUCGUCUACCUGAUGGUCGGGCUCAACCCAUCGCCGGCUGCGUUCGCGCUCACGCUCGCCGUGAUCCUCUCCUACGUGCUUGUCGCCGAGGGGCUCAGGCUGGACAUCGGCGCCGUGAUGAUGGACGCCAAGAGCGCGUCCACUCUCGUCAUCGUCAUCAUGCUCGCCUACCUCCUCACUGGCGGCUUCUAUGUUCACAACGUGCCGGACUUCAUGAUGUGCGCGAAGCAGUGGGCGAAGAACACCUCCCUCACCUACUACUGCUAUCGGCGGCUCAUCGCCGUGCAAUAUAGCGGCCGCCUAGCCUGCGCCCUCCUCCCGCGCAAGGCCGUACGUGGCGAGGCCACCCCUGCCGCUUGCGUCUCCAAGCUUGUGGCCAUGUUCUUCGCCUAUCGGGUGCUGCCCUACCUCACGCUGUGUCGGGUCUAA